CAGAGAGUGAUUGCAGGUGGAUGCUGGAUUAGUAAAGGAGAGCGAGACAGUUUGAGUGAGCGCGAGCGAGAGAGAGGAGGGGGGAAUGGGAGGUGCUGUAUCAGCCAGGCUGAGCCAGGACGCAGUAGCCGCACAAGCAGCGCGCUGAGCUGAGGGAUCUAUUGUUCCUCUGGCUUUUUUAUUUUUUUCUCCUCCACUCAGACCUCAUUCUUCUCCACUGACCCAGAGAACACAGAGAAGAAGAAAUAAAAGGAGGGAAAAUAGAGGAGUUAGUGGAGAAAGACACAGACAAGUGGAUUACCCUUUCCUGGAGGAACCGCGUACAGAAGAGUGAGAGGGACAAUAGCAGGCACACUUUCCCCUGUGCCGCAUCUUCUCGUGCAUACAUCUCCUGCUGUGUGUGUAUCGUGCGGGUCUGUUUGGCCAGACUUGAGCCGCGUGGAUUUAUCUGGCCGGGCUAAAGCCAUGGGGCUGGCCAGCAGGGCAGCAGGAGGAAGGGGCACUUCAGCAGGGUCUCUUGCCACCCUCUUCAGAGUAGCUCUGCUCUUUUUUGGGCUUUGGGAUGUCCAGACUCAAACAGUCGCCAGCACAAAACCCACCUACAUCUGGCAAACAGGGCCAUGGGAGUAGGUGCCAUGGAGCAGUGAGUGUGGUCCGGGAGGAAGUCAAAGCCGAGCGGUAUGGUGUGCCUGCCCAUUCUGAGGGGCUGGACCACGCAUAAUUACCAACCAAGCCAGCAGUCGGCGGCCCAACAACCAAUAGAGAGCUACUUCGGGUGUGCGAUUGGCUGGGAGGCUGUCUGACUAGCAGCUAGGGGCCUGGAACCAGUACGUGCCGGUGUCUGUCUGUAGUCUAGUAGUGCCAAGAAUGGCCGUGUGCACUCGAGGCGAAAGAAGAACAUCAGGCAGGAAGUAGGCUUAUGUGCAUAAAUCAGAUGGCGUUCCUGCAGAAGAUGCCAUCAUAGCCAGAUACUUUGAGCCCAAACCACGCAGUUUAGAGCAGGCCUGUCUUAUCCCAUGCCCACGUGACUGCGUGGUGUCGGGUCCCCCAUGGACAUCCUGCUCUAAGGAUUGCUGAGUGGGCCUGCAGAACCGUCUACCCCGAUGGGUUCUAAUCACUUUCUUUGAUGGCUCAGCUUCUAACCUAACAGGUUCACGCACCUGCCAGCCUGGCCCCUGCCAAGCCUGAGAGAGCACCCACAACGAGGUGGGACCUUGGGGCCUGGCAGCCGCCUAUCCCACGAUGGCCGGGAAGUGAGAGCCCAAACAGAAGCAGAGCCCAAACUGAGCGAGGAAAGUAAAGAGGGAAGCGGCUUGGGCCAGGCAGGAACGCCAGGGCAAGCGUCGCAAGAACAAAGAGAAAAAAGGUGAAGGAAAACAAAGGAAGACGAUGAAGGAUAGGGUCAGGGUGAAGGAAGGAUGA